AUGCAUUAUUUACUAUCAGAAACUCCAGAAAAAGCAUUGCAACAGUCGUUAGAAAUCACCGCCAGAGACGCCGGCGCCGCUUUCAAAUAUGCAUUGGUUGGAGGAUCCAUCUUCCACUUUUUCAAAGGCUUAUGCCGCUCGCCGGAUGGAGAACGCCUCGCCGGCGCGUGGCACGCUAUGGGAGUGAACGCGCCGCGCGUGGCCGGUAAGUUUGGGGCGUGGUUCGGUCUCAGCGCUGCCGUUGACAAUGCCUUGUGCUACGCUCGCCAGAAAGACGACCAUUGGAACUACAUUGCCUCCAACACCAUCCCCACCGUACUUCUCUGCAUGCACCGUGGCCGUGCCGCCACCGUACGCUGGGCGUCCCUUGUCGCUGUGUACAGCGUGGCUAUGCAGCUUUCGUUGCCCAUUCUCCAGAGAUACGAAGCUGAAUUUAAUGAAAAAUAUGGGGAUAAUACCAAGUAG